GCCGCGAAUUACCCGGCGGCGAUGUUUUUAUUGACGAUUCUAUAUUUCAUCGGUGUUUGUGCCUCACAGGACCUUCCAUCUCUGCGAUUAGUCAACCUGCUUUAUCGUCAUGGAGACAGAAGCCCUGUGGAAAGUUAUCCAACCAAUCCGAUCACAGAGAAUGACUGGCCUCAGGGAUAUGGCCAACUGACCAAGGAGGGGAUGAGGGAACAUUACCAACUUGGUCAAUUCUACAGAGAAUAUUACAAAACUUUUCUUAAUGCUUCCUAUGACAGAUUCCAGAUAUCAGUCCGUAGCUCUAACCUGGAUCGGUGUCUUCUCAGUGCUGAGUGCCACCUUGCAGGACUGUACCCACCCACUGAUACAUUCCUACCUAAUGUUACCUGGCAGCCCGUUCCUAUUCAUACAGUUCCGGAGAAAAAUGACAGUGUGCUAGCUCUCCAAGCUCCUUGCCCAGCUUAUGACAAAGCCUAUGAUGACAUUUUACAUUCUGACAUUGUUAAGGAGGAAGAAAAACGUAAUAAGGAUUUCUACAUUUUUGUUGGAGAGAAGACAGGGUUAGGUCAUGAAAAUAUCUCUAACAUUUGGCCAGUGGCUGAUACACUCUACUGUGAGAGUCGUCACAACUUCUCACUUCCCUCCUGGGUGAACAGCUCUAUCAUCAACAAGCUGAGAACCCUGGAGUCUUUCUCCUUCACCCUCAUGUACAACACUACUCUCCUUCAGAGGCUCAAAGGAGGCCCACUUUUAAAAGUAAUGCUGGAAAAUAUGAACAACAAGAUCAAUAGAAUAAAUGGGACGUUAGAUGCCGAGAGAGCCAGAAUGUAUAUGUAUUCAGCACAUGACACAACAGUAGCUGCCUUGCUGAGUGCCCUGGGUGUGUUUAAUGAUAUCAGCCCACCAUAUGCUGCCUCAGUGAUUCUGGAGCUUCAUGAAGAUCCGGCCAAUACGUACUACGUCAAAGUGUUUUACAACAAUGGUUCUCAGCCAAUGCUUUUAACAGUACCAGGCUGUUCAGAAAAGUGUCCCUUUGAGAAGUUUGUGCAGCUGACAUCCAAUGUGAUACCUGACAACUGGGCGAAAGAGUGUGGUGUACAAGAUGCAGCUGCAGUCAUCCUUCAGUUUAGUCUGCUAAUGUUUGGGAUACUUGUUGGAGGUUUCGUGAUCAUAACAGUACUCUUUGUCAUCAUAGCCAUCAAGUGUACAAGGAAAUCUCCGAGGACAAAAUACUCUUUAGUGGCUCAGGAGGAUAUUAAUUAAUGGUUAAUUACAUAUACAGGUGCUAAACACAUGAAAAUAGUACCUGGGAAUACAAGUAAAUAUGGUGCAAUACAGGAAUUACAUGUCAAUCCUGAAAUUCUCAACACAUUUUUAUAAUGUGAUAGACAUUUGGCUGAAUGUAUGUAUUUGUGAAAAUAUUUGCUUUUUGGAAAAAUCAGAAGCAAGUUCAUUUUUUUCACCGUAAGCUUUUGACUUGUAACACUUGAAGCCCUUUUUCAUUCCAAGAGUGCUCAAAAAGCCUUAUUCACAUCAUGUGACAUGUCAUAUCUUCUCAUCCAGGGUAUCAUGUCAGACGAAAACAGAUCAAACUAUACCUGUUUUGUCAGUUGUUAAAUGGAAAUAUAAGUUAUGGGUUUGAUUCACCUUCAGUUAAAAUUUAGAGCUUCGAUCUUAUUUGGGGCAGUAUAUUUGGUCACAUUACUUCGGUUGAAACUGAGGGUGAAAAGAAUGAAUGACUAAGAUUUACUUCCUUGUCAGCAAGAUUUCAGCUAUGUUGUUGGGAGGGUGAAAGGAAUUGUUAAGUGUACUUAAUGUUGCACUCAAUAUGCAAGUCUUAUCACAUUACACAUUUUUCAAAGCCGGUCCAAGUAAACAUUAUUACUGUAAGAUUUUCAGACUAAUUUUCCAUUUGGAUUUUGUUAUUUAUUUCGCAUAAUUUUGACAGUACAUUACAGGUAUAAAAAUUAUUUGCACAUCCGAAUCCAUAAUCAGUAUUUAAGAGGUGGCUGUGAAGUCUUACAGGAAACUUAGAAGUUUUAAGAUUUUAAGAAAAAAGUUCAAAUCUGGCAAAGGAGGUAAUCAGUCCAUCUGAUAUGGAUACUAAGGCAUAUGUGGUAAUUUUGUUAAAUUAAAUAAAUCACAGCUCUGGUCGGAUUUUUGAAACAGGAACAUAAUUAUUGUGAUUUAAAUUAGGCUCGCAGAAAUACAUUUAUCAUGCAUGACAAUAAAAUAUAUGUGUUCUUGCAUGCUAAUAGAGAUGAGAGAAAUGCUGAGGAAAGUUAAGGCAACACAUUUGAGUAUUCAUACCAAUUUAUAAUUUACAACGAAAAAGUUAUUGAACAGAAUCGUUUUUUGGAACAGAAAACCAGAAAACGACGAUAUUAAAAUCAGUGAACAGUGAA